GAAAUUGGAGGACUAGACCCGAACUCAACAAGCAUUCCACCGACGCACAACGACCCGCCUCCACCAUACCCGGGAUCUGAACUCACAGGCCUACCGACAUCGACAGAGGAGCGCUACGUUGGCCCGCCAGACACCAGGAAACCUGACUCUCCCAAGGAACAGUUACGUCGCUGUCUAAUUGAGAUCGUAGCCAUCUCCGUGAACGCAAAUUUCGAUGAGCUGAACUCGGCGCUCUAUGAUAAAGUCACCACCAGCCAUACCACAUCCAUCCUGUGUGAUGAGGAACGCGAGUACCUUCUCCACCUAUCGCAGCUAGUCCAGAAGUUGCACGAAAAAGCCCGUCGAAACCAGGUGAACACCAUGCUACGUGCCGACAAAAUGGAAGUGUACAAAGCCAUCUACGAACCUAUUAGACUAUUAGAUACAAGCCUCGAAGCGCAUGCCUUAGACCUAGUGGCCUCCUAUACAGAUAUCGCGCGCCAUCCGGAUGCAGAAUCAGCGCGGCAACAUAGCACCCUCCUUGCGCACUGGGCGCAGAAU